AGGGCUAGAGAUGCAUUUUGGAAGCUCCCAUAGGCAGAUCGUUUCGGUACCUAAAUCAACCUUGACGUGGGACACACUUCCGGAGCCGCAUCAUCAUGGCAUAGUCCAUCGAAUACAACACUUUAAGGAUCUUUCUAGGGGCUCUACCUUCACGGCGUCUGUGAAAGUGCCGGCUCCGUGCAGCAGCUCGGUCAAGAGGAGAUGCUAUUCGAAAUCUUCACGGUGAGCCUCACAUUGCGUUCUCUAAUUUGCACUCCAGGGACCUGCUACUGCCGCCGAUAUUCCUCUGGCGCCUCCGUUGCACCUUCGGCUUGGUGGCCGUGCCAAAGCAUCACAGCAUCGUCCACGAGCAAAUGCAUCAUCGCAUUCCGACUUCUCCCACCCGGAAGUAGGUCUAGCUUUCCUCAGUGCGACUUGCAGGAGCAUAUUCGGCGGCGGAUUACUUGCAGACGAAGCUUUCGCCGGUGGAUACGGGCGUGCUGUCGACAAACGGCGUGUCGUUCGACGUCUUUACGGAUCCACCGGACGACCCCUCCCGUGAUGUACUGCACUACCGCCGGAGAACCGUGUCGGCCCGUUUGACGUUUUCUUAAGUCCCAUAGAUGGGAAACAGACGUGCGGGUCCGCUAGCAUUCUGAGACUACGCAAGCGUACCAAACAUUGAUGUUUGGAGUACGCCCGCAGGUUGCACGUCAAAUGCGGCUCUACGGCGCAUGGAAAGAAACGAUGCGCUCUCUGGUCAGCUUCGUGGUU